AUGACUCAUGCGGGCAGAUGUGUGAAGACAGCCUGGACGGCUGAAGUACAAAAACGCCUAGCCGUAACACAGCCGCACUCUGAAUCUGACCUGAUUUAUACUCAUCUCUCCUUCACCUUUAAUUUCGCCCUCACAAUUGAGGUCGAAGUCAUUGAGAGAAUAGACAUGGAGCGAGUACGCAAGACUUUCUUUGACCCUCUGGCGACGACCAAGGCCCAAAUUCGGGAGAUUCUCGAAGAACAGCCCGUCGGCUCAGCGCAUCCCUUCAGCCCUGAGCGAAUUCUUCUUUGUCGCACUGAAGAUGGAAUUGAAGAGAUUGACAUCUCUUCCUAUCCGGAAGACUACUUCUUCAAUGCCGUCGACUUGGGCGAGAUGGGCGACAUUCUUCUGCGGCGCAUGGCAGGUUUCCAGACUCAUUUGAGCGUGUUUGAAGAUUUCCAUAUCCAGCAAGCUCCUGCUUCAACAUUCAAAAUACCACUUGUCUCUGGCGAAAUUACCAUCUUGGCGGUCUCGGAGCGGACGCCAACCUACUACGAUUUCUGCUUUGCGGAUGCGUCAUACAAUGCUUGCUGCUGGCUCGCAAGAAAUACUUUCCCAGGCAUUAACCAUAGUGGCGAUAUCCUAAAUGGUCAAGAUCUUCUUGAUUUUGUCAGAAUUGACAAGCAAUCUCUUACAGACAAGGAAAUUUGUGUCUUUAUUUCUGGGUAUCAGUCUACACAAAUCACCAGGUUUCUGGGCACCCAUCCUGCGUUACUCGUCGCCAAUCAUGUGGACAAGGUUCUUUACAUUAUCCCGGUACCUUUAGACGCAGCGACGAUUGCUGAUGCAACCAUCUGCUGUCCGUUGGUCAUCAAGCGUGACGGGGACUCACUGGUAUGCUCGAUAUUGUCAAAAGCAACCACAGACCGAGGCAUGAUGUGCUCUAGCAGUAGGCUUGUCAGCCCUUGUUUCCCUGAGGCGAUUAAGCGUGCCGAUUUUACCAUCGCCGCCUCCCAACCCACUGUUCGUGGACCCUCAAGAAAUCGCACUGCCGAAGCCGAUACUCGAAUCAGUUCGACAACUCUGUCCUCAGUCAUGGCUAAAGAACAUGCCAUACUCACCACGAACCUGGCUAGCUUGCCCUCGUGUCUUGAUUUGCAAAAAUCGCAAAUCAUUAGUUUUGGAACCGGCAUGGAAUUUGAUUUGGCGGAAAACGAGGUCCGCAAGCAGCCUCAGUCCUCAGCUGUUGUUUUGCCUUGCAUUUUCGGCUCGCAGCUGCAGGGUCCCGUUCUGCUUGCGACGGGAACGAUACCUUCAAAUGUUCCGUUUACUGACGAAAAAGCGCUCCGAGAUUACUACAUGCAGUUGAAAACUGUGAUUGUGGUUGUUGAUGAACGAAUGACCGACAAUGCUCGUAACCUCGCCCCGACAUACCGAAUCAAUGCGCUUUUUAUCGUCCAACUGAGCCCACAAGAUGAACCCAGCACUACUGAUGAUGUACUGGCUUUGUUGAAUUCAGCAAACAUUAAUGCCGUGACCGCGCUGGCCGGCCCGCAAUCCCUGGUAAUAGUCCAGAUCUUCAACAAGUAUUACUUUUACAGGGGCCUUGCAAACCGGACACACCUCAAUACCUCAAGACUAGCAUUUGGCUCGGAUAUAACAGCAACAAUCGAGGCUGUGGAUAUUGGGUCUAUGAUUGAUCCAAGAGUAGAGCGAAUCAUCAACCUUGAGGAUGCGAAUACCAUUAUACUGCCCACCUCGGGUCAGAUGGUUCGACCUCAAGACCUCCAGACUCUUUUUGAAGAGCUUACGACGGACAAGAUUCAAGACUUGGAAGAGGAUAUUUCUGCUGCAGUACCGCAACUACAGAUGCUGCUAGAUCAGAAGGCUUUGCAAGAUCUUUCCAAAUCUCUGGUGUCUACGCUCUCUAACAAGAUCAGUGCUGUGACCGGUCCAUUGCGGGAGGCCUAUGUUAAGUUUCUGAGUCAGGAAUAUAACAUGGCUGACCCGGAAUCAGUGAAAAAGAGGAACAAUAUGCUUGGGGAAUUGAGAAAGGCCACUAAAAAUAUGCAAAAGGCUCUUGAGCCUGCCAUUUCGAGUUUAGCCACUAUGAUGUCCACGCAAACGACCUCAAAGCGAACUCAUGACCUGAAGCGACUGGUUCGCCAAGCCCAGAUCAAAGGCAAUGUUGAAGCUACUAAGUCUAUGACUUUUGAGACACUGGCAGGAUAUCUUGAGACGUAUGCGGCAGAUAUGGGUGUCAUGUUAUUGAACAUUGAGACCACAUCAUACAGCAAGCUUUUGGCCAACCUCAAAAGUGCCGCCAUUGAUGCAAGUCCAUGCUGCGAUCUUGACUCGAGAAUUCUACAUCUGGAAGGACUUGACGCUGGCAUCAUCAUGGAGCAGUCGCAAAGUGAGCAUAAUGGCCCACUCACAAACCAAGCCGGGCCAUCUCAGCCGAUCAUGGCGCUGCCAAACCUGAACCAGGGAAUUAGAACUGGAUCGAUGUUAGCUUGGGUCUGCUGGGACGAGUUUGUUAACCUUGAAAGUCCCUAUACUGUGAAAUGGGUAGAGAAAUGCAACGAGGCACACAUUGCAGCUCUAAGAAUUGUGAUGAGGGCCACUCUAAGCCAGGCCGUUGCGUCCAGAGAGCACGACAUCCAGCCUGGGAGUGUGGAAGCUGGCCAUCUCAUGAGCGCGUUGUUGAUGGCAGCUAUGUCAAAACUAGCAGCGAUGAGAACAAGCCCACCAAAGGUAACGGAAAAGGCAGAAGAUACAGUCACAAGGUUGAUGCGUGGCCUCUUUGGUAACUUGUUGACCACGGCUGGCUCGGGAGUGCGUCCAUUGAGCAUGGUUUGGCAACUCUUUGGACUAAACCCUCAGUAUGACAUUCCAACAACUAAUGUCGGCUGGGUUUGGUACGAGACCGUCGUAGCUCUGUACCCAUAUACGGGCUGGCCACUGGACCAAUUCUACGAAAACUUGGAAAAGCUACUUGACAAGGCCAUCGUCCGUGUGGUUACGAAAAGCGAGAGUGUGGCCCAGAUCAAACAAAAUCGCGUCGCCGAGAUGAUCAAAUAUUGCAAGCUCCGAAACAUACAGCUCGAUCAUUCUCGAACCAUCAUCACAAUCUUGAUGCGAAUGCUGACAACCGACAACGCUGACAUCGCAGCCGCCUCUGCGCGUCUUUUAGGAAAGCUGCCACCCGAAUUGGAAAGGCAGACUGAAGGUUACACGAGAAUGAUGGAGUACCUUGGGCAUCUCGCCCACGGGGGCCAGCGUCGCGCCAACGACGAUCUCGUGGCUGCCAACAUCUACACGAGACGGUCGGCUGCAUUUGCGGCGCUCAAGGCCAAUGUGGCGGACGCGUGUCAGGACAACGACUGGGUCGAGAUGAAGCAGUCCUGCCAAGCAUUGCUGAACAAGCAUGCCGAAACUGCUGCCCUCUGGCACAUAAAGCCCGCAUCACUGAAGAUGCAAAAUAUGAAGCUGUACAAGGAGCUCUUGAACGCAGACUUUGGGGAAGAGGUUGAUGAAGAGACAAAAUCGAAGAACCGCGAUUUGACGCGACAGGUUCUCGGUGACGCAGAAAAAUGGCGUGUGCCUUGGCAAGUUGGCAAGGAAGGUCAGUUUGGUGACAAGAUUGAGCCUCUACAUGAAGAAUUUGUACAGGAAAUUUUGACGGGCACCAAGCCGGAGUCCAUUGCAGUCACCGAAUCUCAGGAAACUCAAAUCACAGGGACAAAGGUCACAAACCAACAGGAAAUGGCUAAUGUGUCUCAUCGGUUUUCGGAAUUUGCGUCCUCAAUGCAGGCAAGCUUUAUUGCCACAAUGGAAAAGAGUCUAUCCCCUGAGGAUGUCUGUGGCAUAGUCAAGAUUCCUGUUACAACAAUGCGGGUUUUUGUGAAGGCGCUUAACCCCGAUUUCGCAUGGGAGGACUUGGGAGAGAACUUCAAACUGGUCAUGUAUGGUUUAUUGAAAGAUCGGUCAAAUCGCGCAGAGAGCCGCCCUUCGAAGAAGUUAUUGAACCUGGGCUGGAGAAAGGGCAGCUUACAGAUUGAAGGAUGA